CCGCCGUUUUGACGAAGAAGCGGGACUUUGCGGCGAGUUCGCGCUCCAGGAAUCAUCCACGUCGUUGUUCGAGCGUGCAAACCGAUCGAUCAGUUCAGUCACCGAUCGCGCGACCGCCCGGUGACCCCCCCCCGGUAAACGCGAUUUCAAUCUGGUGGAGCCAUGUCGGACGAGAAGAAGGAGACGAAGACGGAAUCGGAGCACAUAAACCUGAAGGUGCUCGGUCAGGACAACGCGGUAGUCCAGUUUAAAAUUAAGAAACACACACCCCUACGCAAACUGAUGAACGCAUACUGCGACCGUGUAGGCUUGGCGAUAGCAGCAGUAAGGUUUAGGUUCGACGGACAACCCAUAAAUGAAUUAGACACGCCUACUACAUUGGAAAUGGAGGAGGGUGAUACAAUAGAGGUGUAUCAACAGCAGACAGGUGGUUCUUCGUGUUGAGACGCAACGCGUUCACAAAUGGACUAAAUGAAAUUUACCGUUCCAGCAGUGUUUACUAUUUACUAUUAACAUAAAGCUUGAUUUAUUUUUCUUUCGUUUAUCUUUGUUUCGCUCCGGACUUGAAUUCGUUGCAUAAUGUACAGAAUUCACUUAUCCAAGUGUAAAUUUGCCUAAUUUAAUUUAGUUGCCUCAUCUCUUUGUAUUCUAUCUAUUAAAUAUAAUUAUCUAUUUACCAUUUUUUAAAUAAAUAUAAUUUUUUAAACAUACUCUUGACAUUUAAAGGCGCACAUUAUGGCAUUGGUUCAAGUCCCCGUUUGGUCGAAACGACCGUUUACUAUAAGUUUUAACACUAUACAUUCGAGUACAAUUGUACGUACACGCGGUUUGGUGUGAAAAUGCGAGCUUUUAUCAAUGAGAAAGAGAGAGAGAGAGAGAGAAAACGAAACACAAGUUAUGUAAAGGAAACACCCAUUACACUUCUCGCAGUCAGCUCCUCUAAAAAUCACAAGAUUCCCCAUGUACAUGAAUUUUCACGUUUAACAUUAUAACGAUUUUAACUUCGCGCAUUCUCAUCUUUAGAUAUCCUCUUUCUAUAUUUGUAAACGGUAUAUAGGAGGUGUAUAAUGGUGUGUAGAUUAGGGGCGUACAUUUUCAUUGAUGCGUGAGUAAACAAAAAACCGUGAGGUUCCGGCUUUCAUCUGCGCUUCGUGAGAUCGAAUUUUGUACCGGUAUUGUCAUUAAGUAUGUAUAAUUUCUCAGUGGCUCUCAUUACUUUGUACAGGAGCGAGAAUAAAUUGCACGUUAUCUUUUCUGAAAGUAAAAAAAUCUUCAUCUUCUGACAAUUGGCUCUGCUUUCUUGAUGCUGCACAGCGUACUUGACAAAAAAAAAAGAAUUUUCUUUGAGAAACGUACAUGUAUAUGCAAUACAUAUUUUUAUCGGGGUCUAAAUAUCCCUAAUGUAAAGUGUAUCCUGGAUACGAUCUAUUAAUUAUAUUCGCUAAAUGUAAGUUUUACAUGAAUGUAAAAUACAUGUAUUUAAAGUG